AUUCAAAAACAUCAGGUGCAUAAUAUUAUUACUUUCUUAUGUCUAUAGUUUGUCUCGUACAUUAGUUUGAAACUGCCAACAAUUUAUUUUACCGCAUUCAAUAAAAUCGCAGUUAUAAUUACAAUUUGCGCUGAAAUUUGUCUGAUUUGUGGUAUCAUUUCACUAUACUUCAAGAUAAGAUUAUUGUUGAACAAAUAAGCUUCCCGGCGCAGAAUUUGCUCAUUCCAGAGGUCAAUUAGCUUGGGUGUGGAGAGAAAAUGGUAUCAGCUAACGAGAAUCAACUGCGCUACGAUGGCCGAGUGGUGGUCGUUACCGGUGCCGGUGCUGGUCUAGGUCGCGAAUAUGCCUUGCUGUUCGGUUCCCGCGGUGCAAAGGUUGUGGUGAAUGAUUUGGGUGGCAAUUUUCACGGUCAGGGCAAAUCGAAUGCAGCCGAUAAUGUGGUACAGGAAAUCCGAGCGGCUGGCGGAACCGCGGUUCCAGAUUACAACUCCGUAGUGGAUGGGGAUAAAAUUAUUCAGACAGCAAUGGAAGCAUUUGGCCGUGUUGAUGUUUUGAUUAACAAUGCUGGAAUUUUGCGAGACAAGAGUCUUGCUCGCAUUUCUGAUGAGGACUGGAAUCUUAUUCAUGAUGUGCACUUGAAAGGUAGUUUCCUAACGACGCGAGCUGCCUGGGCAAUCAUGAAAAAACAGAACUAUGGUCGAAUAAUUAUGACAUCCAGCAACUCCGGUGUCUAUGGAAAUUUCGGCCAAGCCAAUUAUAGUGCCGCCAAACUAGGAUUGGUCGGGUUAGCCAACACAGUCGCAAUCGAGGGAGCUAAAAAUAACAUUCAAUGCAAUGUAAUCGUUCCAACGGCUGCGUCAAGGAUGACCGAGGGAAUACUUCCAGAGAUUUUGUUCAAUGAGCUUAAACCCAAAUUGAUUGCUCCGGUCGUUGCUUAUCUGUGUCAUGAAUCCUGUCAGGAUACGGGGGCAAUAAUUGAAAGUGCAGCUGGUUGGGCCACAAAGGUCCAUUUUGUUAGGGGAAAAGGAUCAAUUCUCCGUACAUCAAUCGACGAUGAUGUUACACCAGAGUAUGUUAAGAGUGUUUGGGAUAAAGUCACUGACAUGUCGGAUGCGAAACAUCUUAAUGCCAUCAGUGAAGCCAGCCUAUCUUUAGUAGACGUACUGGAAAAGUUACGCGAGGGAAAGCAUGCCGAAAAUUCCGUUACAGAAACAUUUAAGUUUAACUUUAAAGAUGUUAUAUUGUACGCUCUGGGAGUGGGAGCGACCGUUACUGAUGAAAGUGAUUUACGCUUCUUGUACGAAAAUCACUCAGAAUUUUCAGUUAUUCCGACGUUUUUCAUUCUCCCUGGUCUACUUUCGGUCAUGGGAUCUAACAUAACCGCAUCAGCAAUCCCUCAUGCCAGCUUUGAUCUGACUAAUAUCCUGCACGGUGAACAGUACAUCGAAUUGUUUGACUCAGUACCGACAGAUGGUAAUUUAAUUACCACCACCAGUGUUAUUGAUGUUCUCGAUAAGAAAUCCGGUGCUUUAGUAAUCACUCAAUCCGAUUCCUACGACGAAAACGGGACAUUGAUUGCACGUGGUCAAAGCAGUACGUUUGUUGUGGGUGUUGGAAACUUCAACGGUAAAACAAAAGCCAGCCCGGAAGUCAAACCAUUGGUUCCGAAUCCCAAACGUUCGCCAGAUGCAUCAGUGCAGGUGAAAACCACACGUGAUCAGGCUGCUUUGUACCGGUUGUCAGGGGAUCUGAACCCAUUACAUAUUGAUCCAGGAUUCUCCGCAAUUGCCGGCUAUAAGACACCGAUUUUGCAUGGAUUGUGCACGAUGGGAAUUUCGGUGAAAGCAGUCUUGAAGCAGUUUGGGGCUGACGAUUCUAGUUUGUUCAAGGCUGCUAAGGUGCGUUUUUCCAAGCCUGUUUUACCGGGACAAACAUUGCGCGUUGAUAUGUGGAAGGAGUCGAAUAAUCGCGUCUGUUUCCGUACGGUGGUUGUUGAAACGAACACGGAGGUGCUAUCUGGCGCUUACGUUGAUUUCAAGAAAAUUGUCGUGAAACCAAAUAUGACCGCCGGAAAAGAUCUGCUGAGUGAUGCGAUUUUCGCUGGAAUCAAGGAACGCAUAGCCGAGAACGAGGCCAAGGCGAAGACUAUCAACGCUGUUUUUCUGUACAAAAUUACCGAUGCUGGCAAGGUGGUCAAAGAAUGGGUACUCGAUUUGAAAACAGCCAAGGUUUAUGAAGGCCCGGUGCAGGGUAAAGCCGAUACCACAAUGACAAUUUCGGAUGCAGAUUUUGUUGACCUUGCGCUUGGCAAACUUCAACCACAGGCUGCCUUCAUGAAAGGUAAGCUGAAGAUCACCGGAAACAUUAUGCUCGCCCAAAAACUGGCACCACUGUUAAAAACAGAGGCUAAGCUGUGAGAUAGUAAUUUAGGUGUUGAACUUCACAUGCAUGUUGAAGUUAAUCACUCACGGAUAUCUUUAACAUUCUGUACAUUCAAUAGUGGUGACACAAGUGUUAAUUUCUAUAAUCUUAGAGGUUAAGUUUCUUUAUACUAUUUUAUAUAUGGAAAACAGCGGCAAAUGUGUAGUUCUUUAUAAGCAGGUUGGAAAUUGGGCAAUAUAAAAAACUAAGAAUUA